AUGACAUUCUCCCCAGGCAUCGAACGACAAGAGCCCCAGCAACGGGACCAGGGUCGAAUUCUACGACGACACCGUUGGUUUACGGCCAGCGCGAUUGGUAUGGCCAUCCUGUACGUGGUAGGUAACUUCGAAGCUCGCAGGAUGCGUGUAUUACUUGACGAAGCAGAAAAUCCAGGAAUCGCAGCAAAAACAAAUCAGAAGAGCGACAGGGCAAUUGUCAAUCCAGAGACAGAAAUGGAACAAUGCCAGCAUUUGCCCUGGAGCACUUCUGCCUUUGUCCGGGCCGUCCAUGAUGAUCCCGAGAACGUAUCAUUGAAGACGUGGACUGGUCCAAAUUCUUCUGCCAUUCCUCGCUUGGACAGCACCUUGCUAUCUCAAGCCUUUGGUGGAAAGCGGGUGGCUCUAAUCGGAGAUUCCACGUUGUUCCAAACGCUGCAACGAUUGCAUCAAAUCAUCAUGCUGACAAAGCCAUCCACUGAAGGCAAUAAUAACACGGCAGCAAACCAGGCGGAAGACGACUUUCUGGCAAAACUAUCCAACACAAAGACGCUCACCAAGACCGUUCGGGCUCUGGACGCGGAAGCUGGUAGACGAAGCAAAGGUAGCACUCGGUUGGUAGGCAUGGAUGCUCUGGUCGAAGAUGUAUGGUAUGAUCACAUCAUGAAUGCACACAUCUUUUGGACGGGAUUCCGUGGCUAUAACAUGAAGGAUAAUUGCCACGGAUGGAAGACUCAAGUAUGGCCCAAACUGCAUGUCGAGCGUCCGGACGUGAUCGUCGCCAAUUGGGGUCUUCACAUGUUACAUCACGGCAUUGCUCCCAAACGACCUUGCAACGUCCAUCAAUUUAUUCACUACGAAGAGGAUUGGCUGGAGACUGUGUUGCAAGUAGCUCGGGAAGUGGGGACCAAGUUGCUCCUGUUCAAGACUACAAACUAUAUUUGUGAAGAACGAUAUCCUAAACAACUGCAACAUGGCCUCGCAGAUUUGGCGGAGAAUACGAGCACUGUCGUGGCCAAGUGUAUCACCAAGAUCCAAAAAUCCAAUCGCCGUGAUGGUGAACACUACAAUCUGACGGAUGACGACAUGCAUCGUUACUGUAUUGAAGGGGCCGGGACAGAUCACAAUGUGCAACUGCUCAACGAUCGUCUGAGGAAGUUUGUGGAACGAGCUCAAACGAGAGUUCCACCAGGGCUGACCAUUGCUGUUUGCAACGAUCAUGACAUGGAAAGCUGUCCUUAUACGCGGGUGGACGAUGGGUCACACUAUCCAAAGCUACAGCUGCCACGAAUACGAAUGCUAGCUCACAUGGUCCACUGUCUAUGGGCAGACAAAAAAGAUACCGUGAGAGCCAACCAAAGAACCAACUGA